CGGGAGCCAGCGCAGCGCGAGAUGGAGGCUGCGAGAGGGGACGCGCGGGCCGGCGCGGUGUAGCCCGCGGGUCCCCGGGCUGGACCUUGCCCGGACGCUGUGGGGGCGCGCGUGCAGGGCCCUCCCCCGGGCUGCAAUGGAGGUGCCCAAUGUCAAGGACUUUCAGUGGAAGCGCCUUGCUCCUCUGCCUAGCCGCCGGGUCUACUGCUCACUGCUGGAGACUGGGGGGCAGGUCUAUGCCAUCGGGGGAUGUGAUGACAAUGGCGUCCCUAUGGACUGCUUCGAGGUCUACUCCCCCGAGGCGGACCAGUGGACCUCCCUGCCCUCGUUGCCCACAGCCCGGGCCGGGGUAGCGAUCACUGCCCUAGGAAAGCGGAUUAUGGUGAUCGGGGGUGUGGGCACCAAUCAACUGCCUGUGAAGGUCGUGGAGAUGUACAAUAUCGAUGAGGGCAAGUGGAAGAAGAGGAGCGUCCUGCGCGAGGCUGCCAUGGGCAUUUCUGUCACAGCCAAAGAUUAUCGAGUGUAUGCUGCUGGAGGGAUGGGCCUGGACCUACGUCCACACAACUACUUGCAACACUAUGACAUGCUAAAGGACAUGUGGGUGUCACUAGCUCCCAUGCCCACCCCAAGAUACGCUGCCACCUCCUUCCUCCGGGGCUCCAAGAUCUAUGUGCUGGGGGGACGACAAUCUAAGUACGCAGUCAAUGCCUUCGAGGUCUUUGAUAUAGAGUCUCGGUCCUGGACCAAGUUCCCCAACAUUCCCUGUAAACGGGCCUUCUCCAGCUUUGUGACCCUGGACAACCACUUGUACAGCCUGGGAGGCCUGAGGCAGGGCCGUCUGUACCGGCAGCCCAAGUUCCUCCGGACAAUGGAUGUGUUCGACAUGGAACAGGGGGGAUGGCUAAAGAUGGAACGCUCAUUCUUCCUCAAGAAGCGCCGGGCAGACUUUGUGGCUGGUGGUCUGAGUGGACGGGUCAUAGUGGCUGGGGGCCUUGGAAACCAGCCCACUGUUCUCGAGACGGCAGAAGCAUUCCACCCUGAGAAGAACAAGUGGGAGGCCCUUCCCCCCAUGCCCACGCCACGCUGUGCCUGCUCCAGCAUUGUCUUCAAGAACUGCCUCCUGGCUGUGGGGGGUGUCAGCCAGGGACUGAGCGAUGCAGUAGAGGCCCUGUUUGUCUCUGACUCCUAGCUGGCCCUGAGCAGCACCUUCGCCUGGACAGCAUCACUCCACUCCUGACGUGAGGAAUGGUCUCAUCAAAGCAGUUUGGACUACUUCCUCAGGCUCCAACUCUUGUUAAGAGACAGGGAGGUCAAGCCCUGGGGCUCUCAGUGACCUCUCUCUCUAAACUUGCCAUCUCAGAAAGCUUAGCUGACUCCACUAGUCAGUCAGUGCUGGGCUGUGGACUGGGGAGAACCCUCACUCAGUGCUCAAACACAGCAGGGGAACUCUCCCUCCUCUCGCCUACCUCCUGGAGUGGAGGGCAGUUGCUACCCAGAGGGAGAUCCUGUUGUCCUUCCCCAUCUCUGAGGUAGCUUGAGUGUCAUGAGAGAUAAACUAAUGAAGAACAGCGGACCCCCCCCCAAUCCCUUGGUUGACAUCCAUUCCCCAUAUAGAAGUCAACAGUGGGUCUGCCCUAGUUGUCACCUACUUAUCAGGAAUUGGACUUGAAGCUAGGGCAGUUGUGUGGGAAGGAAAUUGAGGCCUCACACACCAGGCCAACAGCUUCGGCAGAAAGUGCCCUUCCUCUCAGGUCCCCACUGGGCAUGUGUUGAUGGAGUGUCAUCAUCUUCUGUAUCCUGCCUUCCACCACCUUCUCCCGACCUGAGGCCUGGCCACCCUGUGCCCGACAGCUCUCAGAGUGUUACUGUGUGAAACCGUCUCAUUUACAUACACUGUGGCUUCCAAAUCCACAAAGGGUGGAUUCAUUGCACUCUGGUUAAUAACAGCAGCACAACAAUUGGCAUCUUUAUCCCUGGCUUCCUUGGACCCUGGAGACAAGGCAGGGAUGUCCUGGUUUGUAGAUAGAAAGCCCUACGAGAUCAUCUCCCACUGUGUUCUUCCACUAAAUAGGGACCUAUUGG